GAGGGACCAGAGGGUGAUCAUCAAGUAAAGUUCCCUCUUCCACUUCCUCCUCCCCUGCAACCUGCCGCUCACUGCAGCACAAGGGCUGAUACCCAAAUUUGCCAGUCUCUCCCCGCUGUUUGCCUUGGCCUGACGUCCCUUUGCCCCGGGCACUGUCCUCCGCCACGGGUCCAGAGACAUGCAAGCCAUCAAGUGUGUCGUGGUGGGAGACGGAGCUGUGGGGAAAACCUGCCUCCUUAUCAGCUACACCACCAAUGCCUUCCCAGGAGAAUACAUCCCCACUGUGUUUGAUAACUAUUCCGCCAACGUGAUGGUUGACAGCAAACCUGUAAAUCUGGGGCUAUGGGAUACCGCUGGACAAGAGGAUUAUGACAGACUGAGGCCGCUCUCUUACCCGCAGACGGAUGUCUUCCUGAUCUGCUUCUCCCUCGUCAGCCCAGCAUCUUAUGAAAACGUCCGUGCUAAGUGGUUCCCCGAGGUGCGGCAUCACUGCCCUAGCACUCCCAUCAUCCUGGUGGGCACAAAGCUGGAUCUUCGUGACGACAAGGACACCAUUGAGAAGCUGAAGGAGAAGAAGCUAUCCCCCAUUACAUAUCCUCAGGGUCUUGCUCUGGCCAAGGAAAUCGACUCCGUGAAAUACCUCGAAUGCUCGGCUUUGACGCAGCGUGGCCUCAAGACAGUGUUUGAUGAGGCCAUUCGAGCAGUCCUCUGUCCGCAGCCCACCCGGACGAAGAAACGUGCAUGCAACCUCCUCUAA